UGUGAGUUCCUGAAGUGAGUUACAGAAGGAAAGACUGGUGCAAACAGCCAUGGCCCUUCUUGGACCAAACAUGUACAAUAUUGAUGAAAUCAUCAACCAAAGUAGUGUAAUUGGAAGUGGUACUCCUACUCGAUACCUUCUGAAACUGAGGGCAGACUAUCCUGAUGAAUAUAGAAAACUGACCUUUGGUGAAAGAAACAAAGACAAACCCCAUAAAACGUUUGUAAUGGUGGGAGAAACAGGAACAGGGAAAACAACCCUGAUCAACACGAUGGUCAACUACAUCUUAGGUGUUCAGAGAGAAGACAAGAUUUGGUUUGAGAUCACAGAUGAUCAGAGUGACCUAACACAAGCUCACAGUCAGACCUCCUGCAUCACUCUUUAUGGGUUUUAUCUGCAAGAGAGUCCAGUCGAUUUAACAAUUAUCGACACACCAGGAUUUGGAGACACUCGGAGUAUUGCGAUGGAUCAAGAGAUUGCCAUGAGUUUGUGUAGCUUAAUAAAAUCUGAAGAAGUGGGUCAUGAAAUAGAUGCCGUGUGUCUGGUGGUUAAAGCGACCCAAAAUCGACUCUCUGACAGACAAAUAUACAUAUUUAAUGCUGUUCAGUCUUUAUUUGGAAAAGAUGUUGCUGAAAACAUUGUCUUGCUCUUCACUCACUCAACUGGAGCUCAACCUAAAGAUGCCCUGACGGCUGUUAAAGAGGCUAAAAUCAAGUGUGCCGUAAAGGAAAAGAAUCAGCCAGUGUUUUUCCUGUUUGACAACUGUCAAGUUCAGACCUCGGAGGAAGGAUAUCCUGAAGAACAUGAGCAGGCACUGGAACAAUCUUGGAAUCGCAGCUAUCGGGGGAUGGAAAUAUUUUUCAAGUUUAUGGAGACUGUAAAAUCAAAAUCCCUGAACAUGACUGGAAAUGUUUUGCAGAAACAAAAAAUGUGGAAAACGAACAUCUGCAAUCUAAAAUUCCGUGUUGAUAUGAUAGACAAAAAGCAAAAGGAGCUGAAACAAACUCAAGAAGUCCUGGAGCAGAACAUGGAUUUUAUCAAAAACAAUGAAACCCUAAAGUAUGAAAUUGAAGUGCCCUACAAAGAGAAGGUUGAUAUUGAUCCUUCUGUAGCCAAAACAGCGAUGUGCUGCACUGUCUGUCAGGAGAACUGUCAUUAUCCAGGAUGCUGGUGGGUCAGAAAUCUGUCAUGGUGCAGUGUGAUGAAAAAUGGUUACUGUACAGUGUGCUCAAAUAAAUGCCACUAUAGCAAACAUGUCAAAGAAGCCAAAAUAUAUCAAACAAAGACAAGGAUAGAGAAGAGGACAUAUGAAGAGUUAAAGAAGAAAUAUGAAGACAUAAUUAGGGCUGGUAUGUCUCUGGUCAAGAAGAUGGAAGAAGAACUGCAAGAAUUAGAGAAAGAGAAAAUAAAGCUUGUGAUGGAAGCCUUUCACUGUGUGGAAACCCUGCAGAUCAUCGCACUCAAUGCUGAUUCACUGUCCACACUUAAGGACAUUGAUUUUAUGAUUGACAAGUUGAAGGAAAUCAAGGAGCCUGAAAAAGCCAGAACACUGGAAAGCAUCAAAAACAAGGAAAUCAAGGAGAAUGAAAAAGCCAGAACACUGGAAAGAAUCAGUAAGAAGGAAAUCAAGGAGCCUGAAAAAGCCAGAACACUGGAAAACAUUAGUAAGGAAGCAGAAGAAAGAAAAAAACAGAUCUGUGUGAUGCCUAAAAGAUUGGGAAGGGGAAAAACCUUUGCUUUAAAAAACUCUGAGAAGACUAAAAAACUUUGAUACAAUGGGAGUAAAAGUCUGUUUGAAGUGUGUAAAACUCUUGGACGUAUUUUAAAGAGUUUAUACUAUGAACAAACUUUUGAAAAUCCAGCAUUUAGUCGAUCCUUAUAAAUGCUCACUGGCACAGUUGUCCACAGCGGCCCAUAGGCAUGACGUCUGAGGGUGAGACUACUAAGGGUUUAAGUGGUUAUCAGUGUUUAAUAUUGUACUAUUAAGCAAACCUAGAGGUCAUGUGGACUCUGCUUUAUUAUAUAUCUGGAUUCAGCUUUUUCGUCAUGACAUUUCUAGGGCAUUACAUGUAUAUUGCUUUGUAGGUUCUGUUUAAAAUCAUACUAAAUUGUUUUCAUAGGUUUCAAGUGAUUCUGCUGGCAUCACGGUUUCAAAAUGACAGUUGUACAAAUAAAAUAAAAAAUAAAAAAAUCACAAAUGAAUAGAAACAAACCAGUGGGUUAUAAAGAUGACCGAAGAGAGCUGAAUGACCUUCAAGCUGCUUUAUUCCCAAUAAAACACAAGCUAAAACA